CCUCCGGGAGAACUUCCAGAAGGAUUUGCUAUUUUAAAACAUUUCAUUCCAUAGAACCAUAAAAAAAAAAAAGUGGUGGCGCUGAGCACAGUCCAUUCAGAGGGGGGCAGCACUUUUAGUCUUGACCCCAACCUGGCAGCGCAGUGGCUUCAGUGCUGCUCCAGCCCCGAAACCCAGCGGAGAGUUAGAACGCAGCGUGUGGGCAGUAGGCACGUUUCUUUCUUGUGAGAUUCCUUUCCAUUUCAAGGAGAGAAGCCAAGGUAUUUUUACCCAGAGGAGGAAUGAUGUAGUUGCAUCCAUAACCUUCUUUUCUGAUACUUCCAGGUCCCUUGUCAUCUGCUGCACAUCUGGAAGGCUAUGAUGGGUAUACAUGUGAAAACCUGGAGGUUUCAGUUAACUCAUUGCUUCUGCCGGGAAGGCCAUCCUUUAGAAGUAGGAAAACUGCUCCACAUGGUGGUUGAGUCCAUGGGACAAGACGCGUUAUAGAAAGACAUGGAUGAAAGCAGCUCAGGGGGGCCCAGACGCAUGCCUCCUGUGGUCUAGUCCAGGGAAGCCCUUCCGUGGCGCCCCGCCCUGGCAUUCUGGGAUGUCGCCAGUUCUGGACGCAUGGCUGAUUCCUGAAUGAUGAUGGUUCGUCGGGGGCUGCUUGCGUGGAUCUCUCGGGUGGUGGUUUUGCUUGUGCUUCUCUGCUGUGCCAUCUCCGUCCUCUACAUGUUGGCCUGCACUCCGAAAGGCAAUGAGGAGCAGCUGGGGCUGCCCAGGGCCAACAGCCCCACGGGGAAAGAAGGGUACCAGGCUGUCCUGCAGGAGUGGGAGGAACAGCACCGGAACUACAUCAACAGCCUCAAGAGACAGAUAGCACAGCUCAAAGAGGAGCUGCAGGAGAGGAGUGAGCAGCUCAAGAAUGCACAAUUUCAUGCCAGUGAUGCUGUGGGCCUGGGACGGGACCAGGGCCCCCCUGAGAAAGCCCAGGCUGACCUGCUGGCCUUCCUGCUCUCCCAGGUGGACAAGGCAGAGGUGCACGCUGGUGUCAAGCUGGCCACUGAGUAUGCCGCUGUGCCUUUCGAUAGUUUCACCCUGCAGAAAGUGUACCAGCUGGAGACGGGCCUGACCCGCCACCCUGAAGAGAAACCUGUGAGAAAAGACAAGCGGGAUGAGUUGGUAGAAGCUAUUGAAUCCGCCUUGGAGACACUGAACAGCCCUGCAGAGAGCAGCCCGAAUCAGCGUCCUUACACGGCCUCGGAUUUCAUAGAAGGGAUCUACCGCACGGAGAAGGAUAAAGGCACUUUGUACGAGCUCACGUUCAGAGGGGACCACAAGCAUGAAUUCAGACGACUUGUCUUGUUUCGACCCUUUGGACCUAUCAUGAAAGUAAAAAAAGAAAAACUCAACAUGGCCAACAUGCUUAUCAACGUUAUUGUGCCACUGGCAAAGAGGGUGGACAAGUUCCGACAGUUCAUGCAGAAUUUCAGGGAGACAUGCAUCCAGCAGGAUGGGAGAAUUCAUCUAACCGUUGUUUACUUUGGGAAAGAAGAAAUGAAUGAGGUCAAAGGAAUACUUGAAAACACUUCCAAAGCCGCCAACUUCAGGAACUUUACCUUCAUCCAACUGAAUGGAGAAUUUUCCCGGGGAAAAGGACUCGAUGUUGGAGCCCGCUUCUGGAAGGGAAGCAACGUCCUUCUCUUUUUCUGUGAUGUCGACAUCUACUUCACCUCUGAAUUCCUCAAUACAUGUAGGCUGAACACACAGCCAGGGAAGAAAGUAUUUUAUCCAGUCCUUUUCAGUCAGUACAAUCCUGGCAUAAUAUAUGGCCACCACGAUGCCAUCCCUCCCUUAGAACAGCAGCUGGUCAUAAAGAAGGAAACUGGAUUUUGGAGAGACUUUGGAUUUGGGAUGACAUGUCAGUAUCGGUCAGACUUCAUCAAUAUAGGUGGGUUUGAUUUGGACAUCAAAGGCUGGGGCGGAGAGGACGUGCAUCUCUAUCGCAAGUAUCUCCACAGCAACCUCAUAGUGGUUCGGACACCCGUGCGGGGACUCUUUCACCUCUGGCACGAGAAGCGCUGUGUGGACGAGCUGACCCCUGAGCAGUACAAGAUGUGCAUGCAGUCCAAGGCCAUGAACGAGGCCUCCCACGGGCAGCUGGGGAUGCUGGUCUUCAGGCACGAGAUAGAGGCUCACCUUCGCAAACAGAAACAGAAGACAAGCAGCAAAAAAACAUGAACUCCCCGGGACAGAUUUGGGGAGAUGUUUCAGUUUUCUCCUUUUGCAAUUACCAGACAAGUGGCUGCAAUAAGGAAAAGAUUUCCAUAAAGGGCAAGAAAAGAAUUUGACUGAUUAGUAAGAAGUUGGAGAGAGCCUCCAAUUUCUGCCUAUUGGGCUUUUAUGCAGCAGGAAUUAAAAUUCCUCACUUUCCCUGCAGAGAAGCCCAAAUGCGUCCCGUGCAGUGUCUGACAAAGGUUGAAUGAUUGUGAGACUCGAAGCCUAAUGGCAGGAAGGUUUUACUGUGUUUGCAGCAAAGUGAGAUCUGUUGUUUUCUAUGCUCACUGAAAUGUCCAUGAAAGAAGGCCAGUUAUGUAGAAGGUUCAUUGGAAUGAAAGGCAAGCCAAUUUCUCCUCAUAUGCGUGAUUGUAUAAAUCAGUAGGGCUCUAGUGUCCUGGAAUGCUGAAACAUCAGAUGGUGGACAAGGAGAGCGUGUGAAGUUCAAAGAUACCCUCACUGCGAUCCUUGUGAGUAUAUUAAGCAGAACCAAACGGACUAAAAAAGCAAGAGAACUAUAACUAGUGUGUCAUGUCUCCUUAUGAUUAACCAAAAAUAAUCUGUUCAUCGUUUUGGUUGUAGUUUUAACCAUCUUCACUUGUUAAUUUUAUUUAAAAACACACUUUUUUUUUUGCUUUUGAGUUAUAUUUUGCUUAUUUAAUGACCAAUUUGCAAGUCUCACUAAGAGAGCACAAGUUAGCAUAUACUUUUAUAUUUUUAAAGAAGAUACUUUCAGAUACUUUAUGAGAACUAUCAGUUCAGAGCAUCAGAUGAUACCACAUCAGACUGAUACCAUCCCCAAGACGUGCCCAAUGCUGAUCCUGUCAGGCACCGAGUGUCAGCUCUUCGUCAUAUGGAAGGCGUGGUGUGGGGCUACUGAUAGGUCAAGACGUAAACAUACUUAUCUGAAGAGUAUUUCCAAAGAGGAGCAACUGAUCACUGGAGGGAAAGGAAAAGAUACUUUUCACCUUAACAGAAAAAGGAACUCAUUCAGACUGGUGGUAUCUUCAUUAACUCAAAAGUCAGAAAACACAUUUUCUCCUCAGGAGAACCGGGGACCACUUUCUUACCUGUUUAAAAAAACCAAAGUAUACUGUGUGAACCAAACAAUCGCUUUUCAAAGCAGGGUGCUCUUCCUGGCUUCUGGCUUCCAUGAGAAGAACUGCAGGAAAAUGUGUCUUGUGAGAGAUCACUCCAUCUGCCGGAGGCCAGUGGGACGGAAGAUUUUGCUACAUGUUCACCCACCCCAGUCUAGGGGGAAGUAACUUUAUUAUUUUUUUAAAUUAAGCAGUUCUACUCAGUCACCACGAUGCUUCUGAAAAUUGCAUUUUAUUAAAGUUUCCAGGUAUUUAAAAAAAAAUAAAGGCAGUUAACAUUGAGUGGUUUCUACAUUCAUAUGAAAAUUUAUUUAUUAGCCAGCACCAGAUGCAUGAGCUAAUUAUCUCUCUGAUUCCUUGUCUUCUGUUUGCCCACAGUCAACUCAUUGUUUAAAGGCUUCAAGAACAUUCGAGCUGUUGGUGUGUUAAAAAAAAAAAAAAAAAGAAUGCAUUUGUAUUGAUUUGUACUGGUAGUCAUAAAAUUUAAUUAAAACACAGACAUGAAUGGAAGGUGGCAUUGGACAGCUAAUAAAAUAUGAUUUGUGGUUAUGAUUU